CCCGAACCCGAUCCGUCCUCUGCCCUGACAAGGAGUGCGUGGUUCAGUUCGCCUAUAGCAAUCCUCAUCUCAAAUUCACUUUCUUCAUCUCCAUUCAUCGUCUUCCAGUAUUUUCUUCACAGAUUUACUCUGAAAAUCAUGGCCGAAAUACCCGUCUCUCCUCCUCUGCAGAAUCCUACCAUCAACGCCCAUCUUCAUCCAGGGGCCGUGCACGUUCCUGGGACACAUAAACCAACUGAAGCUGAUGUUGUAAAUGAUACGAAAAGGGUGGAAAACAUGAAAAAGUAUUGGGAUUGCCAGGCGUUAGUUACACAAGGAGAAAUGGCUGAGGCCAUUUCUCAUCAGCAGAGAAUAAUAUCGAAAUAUGUUGCAGAAGACACUGCCCCAGCUUGGGCUGCCCAGAUGACAGCUCAAAUGAAUGAAAUGAAUGAUACCUUGACGAGGUCUGCUAUCCGUUUAAAUGCCGAGUCGUAUGCUGCAAGAGCCCGCUCUUUUAAUUCAAAAAUACCUUCUACAACAGUUCACGGAAGGAAUUGUCAGCUCAGGGGAAUACCUAAAUGUAACGAGGGCCACCCACCCCAAAUCCCUGGUGCCGGGGGUUUCCCUUUUAAUCAACCUAAUUAUCCUGUAGGCAGCUUCCCUCCUUUCAAUCUCAUGCCCCGUACUCUCGCAGACAUAGAUGACAUCACUGAUGAAAUGAUGGCCAGUAUCUUUUGGUUCUACAACGAUCCACAUCUCAUAUGGACUAAUGACCGGAGAGCUCGAAAAGCACUUCUUAAUGAUUUUCUCCUGAUAUGAUUAUUGUCAACUCUUAUUGUUGAGAUGUGGACGACAAGAAUUGCUAUACCGAGGAAGUUGUUUAUGUUACUUGAAGAGUUGAAGAUGAAGAUGUGAAUUCUAUAUUCACAAUGUCAAAGUCUAAAUACUUUGUGUUGAAGUGGAGAGCUUUUUUAUUGUGGACUGUUUGAACUAUUUUUAUUUUGCAAAUGUUGAAUGUCUAUGUUGAAUUAUUUGUGUUGUUGAUCAUUUAGAACAAUUAAUGUUGUUAUGCUUGUCAGUUGUCACUUGGGAGCCCAGAAUGUUGUUAUAUUUUGCAAAAAGUUUAACAAUGCAAAAUGCUUGUGUUGUUGAAGUCCAGAAUGCUUACUAAAAA